CAAAUCAGCAUCAACCUACAUUGGCCUUCACGAAGCUGAAGUGUUUCAGAGGGUUUCAUUAAUGAGUAAUGGGAUAGGCCUACCACUGCGCUGAAGCUAGAUGACUUAGUCUUGUUUGAGUUAUGUUUUAAUGGAAUUAAGGUGCAUUCAUCACAGUUGGUGCCCGAAAAACUGGUGAGCGAAAUGACUGGCAGGAUAGCGGUGAUUGGCGCAGGAGCGUCGGGGCUGGCCGCCAUUAAAACAUGUCUUGAAGAAGAAUUACAACCUGUUUGCUAUGAACGAUCGGCGCACUUGGGUGGUCUGUGGUAUUGUUCAGAUGAUGAUCCUCGUUCUGAUCCUCGUGGACCUGGUGCUGUUUACCAUGGUCUCCAUACCAAUAUCUCCAAGGCAUUGAUGGCUUACUCAGACUUUCCUUUCGCAAAGGAUUUACCCCCUUUCCCGAAGGGGGCUGAUGUCUAUAAGUACUACCAGCAGUAUGCCGAACACUUCAGACUCCUCGAGCACAUCAAUUUCAAUGUGGAAGUCGUGUCCAUCGACCAGGACGCCGAUUACGAAAGCACUGGACGAUGGAAGGUGACAGUCCGCCCAAUGUCUGGCGAGAAAAGGAGUGAGGUCUUCGAUGCUGUGAUGGUGUGUACUGGUCUUUAUCCCAAUGGGCACCUGCCAGACUAUCCUGGGUUGGAUUCCUUCAAAGGACAGAUCAUGCAUAGUUGUCAGUUCAAAAGAGGGGCUUACUUCACGGACAAGAGGGUUCUGGUUGUAGGUUCAAGUAUUUCGGGAGGAGAUGUUUCCAACUUACUCAGUCACCACGCUGACCAGGUAUUCCUGAGCUUGCGGCACGGAGCAUGGUGUAUCCCGCGAUUCUUUUACAACAACCAGUCUGUAACCGAUUUCUUCAGUCGAAGAUGGAAAACCUGGAUACCACCCAGGAUGCUUAUGAACUGGCUUGUGAACAAGCUGAACCACCACACGGAUGGGAAGAUACUCGGCUUACAGCAUUCAAAGGGUCUAUUUAACGUCCAUGUCAUGGUGAACGAGGGUAUAGCUACUAGCAUCAUGGAAGGAAGAGUAAGAAUCAGGAGUGGAAUUGAGAGAUUUAAAGGCUCCAGUAUCCAUUUUGUAGAUGGUUCGGUGAUUGAAGACAUUGACUUUGUCAUCUUUGCCACAGGCUACGAGCUCAAGUUCCCUUUCUUCAAGAAAGACAUCAUUCCGGACGGAUACGAUAAGAUAGAGCUGUACCGAUACAUGUUUCCUCUUCGGCUUCGGCAUCCAACCCUCUCCUUUGUUGGGAUGUGCCUCCCAUUUGCAAUCGGUGCCAAUAUGUUCGGCGAGAUGCAGACAAGGUACAUCACCAAGGUCUUCAAAGGAGAAGUCAAGCUACCUAACUUUAAGGAAAUGCAACAGGAGAUCAUGACUACAAAGGAUCUCAACUACAGGCAAUUCGAAAAUCACUUCCCAUUCUCGGUCAACCCAGUAGCCUACCUCGAUCAGCUUGCCAAAGCAAUCGGUGCGCUACCAAGUUUGACAAAGCUAAUCUUCACCGAUCCUGUACUCGCUUACCACUUCUACUUCGGAGUGGCAUAUCCUCCUUGCCAUAGGUUGGUAGGUCCUGGUGCCACUCCUGGGGCGAGACAGGCUCUUCUCGACUGCAGGGAGAACCAGGUACAUGGUAUUACACUCACAACAGUGCGUGGGGAUGCCAAAGAUUGUCUGCAAGCCUAUGAAGAUAACCAAAGAUCGUUCGUCAAGAUCUACGUCACAAUGGCUAUUGGUGUCAUUUUAUCUCUUAUUGUCUACAUGAUCAUUUUCUAGACCUUCUCAUUUGAAAUUUAAGUUCAGGCGUUUGUAAUAAGUCUAAUCAUGCAAAUGAAAAGAGCACACUUAGAUUCGGGCUUUGUCAUUCCGGUGAAUUGACAAGCAGUAGCCUCUCGACGAGCAUGUGGAACUAGCAUUGUUUAACAUAAUUCAAUCAAGUUGGUCCUUAUUGUCAAAUCUGUAAAAACAAAAUGAAAUAUUGUAUAUAAAACAAAAGCAAUAUUGAGUGCGUGACAUCAUUGACUGUCUCAUUUUCCAUGUCACCGAGUUGAAUUUUUCAGUGCUAUGCUUGUUUGAUUUUGUUCUAUUCAAAUCAACAUUUUUUUCUCAGGUGGACUUGACCUUUAAUUAGAGAGGUGUGGAUAUUCUACCAGUAAUAUUGCCAGAUGUUUUCUUGCUUCCGAAAACAACUCACAUAUCCACCAUUGUCCACCAUUUUUAUUAAGCCAAGGACAUAGCUAAACGAUAGAUAGUUGAAGACGUAUUAGCCAUCCUUCACCUCUUAUAAGAGAUGCGUUUCAACAUUUAAAGCAAAAACUGUUUUAUAUACGAUAUGCAUAAAUAUGUAUUCUAAUAUUGUUUUCAUAUCACUUUAUUAUUUACUUCCGAUUUUGCUAUUUUUAUCCCUUUAAUGUAUUGGUGGAUUGUUGUGUGAUUGUUUAGACUUUCUUGUAACUGUUUAACUUGCCGUUUUUAUCAGGUUUACUGUGCUUAUGUUUUAUUAUGUUGGCGCGCCGAGGUCUAGUGGUCCUGACUCUCGCCUUUCAAACAGAGGGUAGUGGGUUCGAAUCCUAGCUAUGGCGUG